AUGAGCACGUAUCUCAGCGUAAGGUCGCCCAUGAAGAAUCCCGCACAUACAUUCAAGCCGCGUCGGGCGGUAGAAGGCACGAAGCAGUUCCAGCUCAAGAAAUACGCAGAGGCUACGCUCGGUUCCGGAAAUCUCCGAGAGGCCGUCAAGCUCCCUUCUGGCGAAGACAGCGAUGAGUGGAUAGCAGUGCACUCUGUCGAUUUCUUCAACCACCUCAACAUGCUGUAUGGCUGUGUGAGCGAUUUCUGCACAGUCAAGAAUUGUCCUAUCAUGUCCGCGGGUCCGCGCUACGAAUACCAGUGGGCUCAGCCUAGCUAUGGCGCUGGAGCUCAGACAGGCGCACCUAAACGCCUCACUCGUCUCUCUGCUCCGGAGUACGUCGAUAAUUUGCUCGGUUGGAUCCAGAGCAUCAUCGAUCACGAAGCCUACUUCCCUUCGAAGCUCGGCGUGCCUUUCCCUCGUAACUUCUCGAGCGUUGCGAAGGAUGUUUUCAGGAGGCUUUUCAGAGUCUAUGCGCAUAUAUACAACUCUCACUUUGAAAUUAUGGUCGCUCUGGGGAUUGAAGCCCACCUCAAUACCAACUAUAGACAUUUUCUGCUAUUCAUUAAUGAGUUCAGACUCGUAGACGCAAAAGAGCUCGCCCCGCUGGCUGACUUUAACCAGUCUAUUCUUAAGUAG